UUUUACAAAACCACUCCAGCCCCCGUGGGAGGAGAACGUGCCUCUGAUUCCCGUCGCACCUCACAGCCAAUGAGACACGAGUUCAGAGUGUGUACAGCACGUUAAACAAUAGACCGCUGUGGAUAAGUCUCACUCCGACACUUCAAACGCCGGCAUCUGCAGGAUAACGCUUCAGUGUUAACGAUGUCUGGCCUCAAAGGAAACAAGUGCUCAUCUGUGGUACGAAGGCUGAUUCUCUUGGUUUUGCUGACCAACAUCUUACUGGUGCUGUACUGCUUGACGAACCCACGCCAAGGAAACAAUAGCAGCUCCCGGCGAGCCACGUGUCCUCUGAGUGCGGCACAACUAUUGCAGAAAAAUGUGAGCGUCCCUCCUCAAAGCACCAAAUCAGGAGAGUGCUCCCCCAAAGUGAACAUCAUGUUCAUGAAGACCCACAAAACUGCUAGUAGCACCGUACUCAACAUCCUCUUCCGAUUUGGAGAAAAGCACAAGCUGAAAUUCGCCCUCCCCAAGGGGCGCAAUGACUUCUUCUACCCGUCACCUUUCCGGUGCUCCCAGGUGAAGGACUACCGACUUGGGGACUGUUUCAACAUCGUUUGUAACCACAUGCGCUUCGACCAUCAAGAGGUGGCUAAGCUACUGCCUGCGGACGCCGUGUACAUCACCAUCUUACGUGACCCGGUGGCCCUCUUUGAGUCGGCCUUCCACUAUUACCACCGAGCGGUUCCUCUCACCUGGAGGAUCGACGGAGAGGACAAACUGGCGCGGUUUCUCAACAGUCCUCAGAGCUUCUACAGCGCAAACGCUUUCAACUCGUUCUACCUCAAGAACUUGCUCUUUUUUGACUUUGGAUUGGACAACCACCUCGAGGCCGACGAUCCCCGCAUAGCGAGGGAUAUUAACGACUUGUCAAAGCGUUUCCAUUUGGUGCUCUUCGCAGAAUAUUUCGAGGAGUCUCUUAUCCUGCUGAAGGACACGCUGUGUUGGACCACGGAGGACAUCCUGUACUUUAAACUCAACGCUCGCAGGAACUCAUCCGUGUCUCGCCUGACCCCCGAGCUGAGAGCCAAAGCGUUACAGUGGAACGAGGCCGACUGGAGGCUCUACCAGCAUUUCAACGUCACCUUCUGGGCCAGAGUGGAGGCGUACGGGAGAGAGAGAAUGAAACGGGAAGUCAACGAGCUGAGAAGAAGAAAUUCUGAGAUGAUGGAGAUCUGUAUCGAGGAGGGAGGCGCAGUUGAGGCCCAAAAGAUUCAAGACAGACGUUUCCUGCCCUGGCAGCCAAUCGGAGAGUCUUCCAUCCUGGGGUACAACAUGAAGAAAAAUAUUGAUCCCAAAUUCAGGACAAUAUGUGAGAAAAUGCUCACACCUGAAAUACAGUACUUGUCCAGCCUGGGCGUAAGCCUGUGGCUCACAAGACUCUGGGGCUGGUUAAAAGAUGCAGUUUGGAUUUAAUGCAAACAUUUAGAACAUACAAAUUCAUCCUGUAACUCGUGGGUAUGAUGUUUUUCAGUAUUCUUCUGAAUAAUGCCUCUAUAAAGUUCAUUUGUAUUUGGAAACAAAGCAGAAUUCUUAUUUUUCGCUUCAUGGAACAUGCUGUUUUUCUGUACCACUCCCAAAUAUGAACUUAAUUGCUUUAUUUUUCUUGUCCGGUACCUGCAGCACUAACAAACACUGAGUCAUCAGUGGUUGAUGUGAUGUUGGCUGGUAAAUAAUGCUAGCAGGCUCCUUAGCGGCUUGACGCGUAUAGUUGCAAUGACUUUGGAUUGUAGCAGCCUUGUACGACCCGGUCAUAGCUAUUUAUUGGUCCACGCCAUUGAAGGUUAGGUAUUGCAACUUCAUUGUGUGCAUUUAUAUAUAUUUUUGAUAACGGGUGAAAGCCUGACAGUCAACUAUACUCUGCUAAAGCUUCAUAGCUGCGCUCAACGCAGACGUCCGUCUACUCACUUUGACACUUGAUCACUUUUUACCCUUCAAAAGAUAUUCUAAACCAGAUUAAAACAACUGAUGUAUGAAAAGGA